UUCGAAGAGAAUGUGUAUAAGUCAGAGGGUGGUGACAGUGAAGGCGAAGAAAGUGAUGACAGUAGCAAAGGUCGAAAACGCACAGAUCGUAAAGGAGAUCGAAAGAAACGCCGUGAAGAUGACGAAUAUCGACCGGAUGAAUUAGCUUUUAACAAGAGCGAAUACUUCAAGAUCGAAAAAGUACUUGGACAGUUUGGUUGGGGUCGCUGGAAAGUGAUGCGUGGCAUGUGCGACGUGAAGGAAUGCGUCACAGAAGCUGAUAUUGAACACAUCUCAAGAACAUUGCUGCUGCACUGUAUUCGUGAAUAUCGUGGUGAUGAGAAAAUACGCGAAUUUGUUUGGCGCUUGAUAAUCCCCAAAGGCGCCCAGGUCGCUGGUAAAAAUACACCAAAAAAGAAAAGUACCGUUCUGACAUCAGUAUUCCAUGAAGGCUGGGCAGCAUUGCCCGAAUACAAUCCUCCGGCUUUUGCUGUGGACUCCUCUUUCCAGCGCCAUGUUCACCGACAUUCCAACAAACUUCUCAUUCGAAUGCAUCAACUUCACAUUCUGAAUACCGAGGUGAUUGGAAGCAAAAGUGAAGAAAUAAUGAAUGGUGCAAAAGCGGAGGAGAUAGAUUUGACGGUCGACUGGAAUGAUGCAUUUAAUAUCGAUGCAAUACGUGCCGAUCCAGCGCUCUGCUUUGGUUCGAAAGAAAUCGAAGUUUUUCCAAACAUUGCGGAUUUGUUGAAUCGUUUCCGGCGACUGUUGACGCAUUUCCAGAGAAAGAGGCAUGAUUCGUUGACAUUUGCAACCUGGUCGAAAAGAGAGGAAGCGGAAUUCAUGCGAGUUCUGAGAAGUUAUGGAGUAAAGGACGAUCCAUCAACAAUAAUUUCGUGGACACGCUUCCGGCAGCUUUCGCCACUUUUGGAGAAGAAAACGGACAGUGAACUGAUGGAACAGUUGUACUGUAUAUUGUCCAUGUGUACAAAACAACUUGGCAACGAAAUGACUGCUGUUGAUUUACAACGAGCUUUGAAGUUGUGCUCCAAUGAGGCAAUGCCUAGUGGUUGGUCUGUUGAGCAGGACGAAGAAUUGUUCAAAGUUGUGGACGAAAAUGGCCUUGACAACAUCUCCGCAAAUAUCGUCAACAAACCAGCUUUUCAAAAGAUCAUCAGGCCUGAAGAAAAAACGCUGCUGAGGCGUGUCGCUGAAAUAUACACCACUCUUCAAACGAAAAAGUGGAACGGCGCUGCUUCGACCGAACUUCUGGAAGAUUCUGUAACACAUGAGAGGCCGCCACUGCAACAGGAGGACCCAUUUGAAUGCAAAAUUGUGAUCGCGUGGAUGGGUGAUCCGCCACAAAGAGAAAUAGGAAAGCUGACAGCCACAUCGAUAACAGACAGAAACGCAGAUUUGGAGCAAUUUCCGUUUGCUGCAGCAGCAGUGGCACAGAGUGGCGGCUUCCUUCUUCCAUCGCUUCUGUCAAGUGGCGCCGGUUCAUCGUCUGCUGCAGCUCAAGCGCAGGCAGCUAUGCUCUCCGCGUUGUUUUCUUUGCCACCUGCUGCACCCGUGCCAACGUCCAGUGCCAGCAGUAGUGCUUUAAAGCAAGAGUAUGGAGAAGAUGUAUUAAAUCUGAGCACAAAGAAGUCUCAGAGUAGCUCCACUGGCACCAGCAGCGCGGAUCGACCAUCAACAUCGAUGGUGUCGGAACAAGCAGCAAAUAUUUUGAAUAAUUUGAAUAUCACCGAAUUAUUCGCUUUGGCAAACCUACCGCCAGAAACUCACGUACCCGUGGUUAAUGUCGAGACACGUGCGAGAUUAGUUGGUGAGCAAGCGCCAAAAUUGAAAAAUCUUGGGCCGUGGUUGACGGCACAUCCGAAGUUUAUCCUUGAUAUUCCUCCAACAACACCAACUGUUAUGCCGACAUCUGCACAAUCUGCACAUCCGAAAUCUGUCGAAAAAAGUGAAACGAAGACAAUUUCGAAAGCGUUGGAGAAAGCUUCUGGGAGCAAAGAUAGCAAAGAUCCACCGAUCAAGCAGGAAACAUCCGCAAUUCAAACAACGCCGAGUUCAUCAAAAACGGCAGCAACACCGAUGCUGGAGCCUGGCGAAAUUCCUCGCUCAUUAGCAGCGGCAAACAGUUGCGGUAGCAGCGGCGUUCUUUCAUCUGCUGCCGCUGCUGCUGCUGCCGCUUCACUGGCAUCGAUGAGCUUUUCGGAACAACCAGUUGCUGUUUUCCAUCGAUCCACCGGUGCUUUGGUGCCAGCCGAUAAAUGGCCAGUUUUGAAGAAUCUUUCAUCCUGGCUGGACAAGCAUCCGGAUUACAAUGUGCACUCCACCAGUGCAUCACUUGCCCUUGUAUGUCCUCUCAUUUUCUUUCAGACGUGCGUUUUUGAGAAAGAUGAGGAAAGAUUGGCAAAUAAGAGUAAGGAGUGA